GACUGGAUGGACACAAUGGAGUGGUUCGCUGAGCAGACAGUCCAGACCAUCUGGCAGAAUACCUCACUACCAGAUCUCACCAACGGGCACCAAGACCUUACCUGGCUGGCGGCGAGAGGGCCCUCCCAGUCUGAUCCUUGCUGUAUGCCCGGAGAUCACUCCCACAGCGCGCUGCCCCGAGAUUACUGCAGUGGAGACGAGACGGUCACUCACCUCUUUGCGGACUGUGGGCUGGGGAAGAUAUGUGGAGAAAGAUGCAAGGGCCUGUGCCACAGCAGCUGCGUGACAGAAGGCUCACUGAUCUUCGGGCUGUUCCCUGGACGCACAGAAAGACGGACAUUAAGUGCUGCUGGAAGAUCAUCAACUCGGUGAAAGACCCCCCAAGCCUGUUGGUCUGUCAUCACAUCGAGAUGUCCGUAGAGCUGAUGUUCCCACCCUGGGGUCCACGGUUAAUGACAUUGAUCCAUGGCAUGGAAAAGGUUGGGAACCUGUGUCGUACAGGAAUGUUGCCGACCGGCACAUUCCAGGCUGCAGGGACAGCAUUGAAACUGCAGGGUCCCCCUGAUCCUGGACAGGGAGGGGCCGGGUUAGCUGAGGAAGCUUCUCAAUUAUUGUCGUAGUGAACCACCCCAGGGGCCACAUGAGCGACAACAGUCCUAUCGGUUUUAUCGAAUGUAAACUAGCACUAAAUACCACACUGACAAAGAAUGUGAAAUGACUGGGUAAAGGCACUGAACGGUUUAUCCCUGUGAAUAUCUAUAUGGACAUUAGUCACCAUAAUAACAUUCAACUUCUGGGCUGAGUGAGGGAGACCGGGCCUUCCAUUGGAGCCGGGAUGGACAUGCGUUAAGUCACGAAGUUUCUCUCACGAAGGGCUGUUGAAAUCAGGACGUCACCGAAAAAAAUAAUGUUUUGCUCUCUGUGACGUUGAAUAUCCGGUCCUGUGCUUUUUUUCCCCCCUGUAGUCACAGGUCGGUCAUUACCACUUCAUCUGUCUCCUCAAAGCACAAUAUUCUCUCCAUAACCCCAGCUUCAUGGCAUUAACUCAUUUAAUAGUUGCUUUCAAUAUUUGCCACCGUUUUGCACCCAAGCCUUACUCUCUUUAGACCUGGAGAAAAAUAAAAACGAGCUGCUGGAAUUACUCAUCAGGUCAGGCAUUUCGGGUUGAGACAGUCCAGAUGAAGGAUCCCGACCCGGAAAGUCGAUUGCACAUUCCUCUCCACAGAUGCUGCCUGACCCCCUCAGCUCCUCCAGCAUCAUAUUUCUGACUCGAGAUUCCAGCAUCUGCAGUCUCUUGUGCCUCUCUUUUCAGAACUUGUCCCUUUUCAGUCCUGCCUCAGACUGAACCAGGCUCUUCUCUCCGGCUUCAUUUCUGUUCUGCUUCUUCCUUCGCCCAUCACGCCUAGUGGCGCACAGGCCAACAGCGGCUCUCCAGCGUUCCCUGUAGUAUCUGUCGCACUGUGAUUACUAGCCCCAUGCCCACCAUCCUCUUUUUGCAGCCGGGCUUGGGCAGUCCAUGGCCAAGUGUUUAUUUCCGACCAGUUUAUGUGUUUCCGAUCCCACCCUGGUAUGGAAAUCACAGGCAGUAACGUAAUGCUCAUUCGCUGAGUCUGCAGCGCCUGUAGUGGACAAUCGCGGUACUGCAGGGGAUCGGCAGCGUUCUGAAUCAGGAAGUGCCGCGAGUUAACAUGGCUUCGAAAGGACAGGUCGAGAGUUUGAGCGAGGAGGCAAUUUGUUCCACCUGCCUGGAUUUCUUCACCGAUCCGGUGUCACUGGAGUGCGGACACAACUUCUGUCGCUCUUGUAUCACACAGUAUUGGGAAAGGGAGGAGAGAAACUCCUGCCCGGAGUGUAGAGAGGUAUUUACUGACCGCACCCUCAGGGCCAGUCGGGCCUUAGCAAAACUGGCUGAAAAAUUUCGAAAUUUAAACCUGAAUCCGAAAGGGAAGGAAAGUAAACUUCACUGCGAGGAACAUGAGGAAGAACUGAAGCUGUUCUGUGAAACGGACAAGACACUGAUCUGUGUGAUCUGUGCAGUUGCGCAGGAACACAGAGAGCACCGCUUCCUGCCGAUUAAAGAAGCUGUUAAGUUCUACAAGGAUCAGCUAAAAUCUUCCUUAGACUCUCUCACAAAAAAGAAAUCAGACUUCCAGGAAAAGGAGCAGCAACAGAAAGAGAAGAUUUCUGGAGUUCGGGAACAGUCACACAGUGUUCAGACCCACAUCACAUCCCAGUUUGCUGAACUGCGCCAGAUUAUCACCGAGAAAGAGCACAGCGUACUCAGGGAUGUCAGGGAAGAAGAGGAGAGGAUUCUAAACCCUAUGGAGAAACAUCUUCGAGAGAUUCAAGAGAAUAUCAGGUUUAUUCAGGAGGAAAUCUCAAAGAUAAAGGAACAGAUGGAUCAAAACAACAGUGUGAUAUUUCUCAAGGAGGAAGCUCGACGGAACAGGGGAAUUAGUGACGAUGUCCAGGAAUUGUCAGUGACAGAUGAGACCCCAUCGGUUGAAAGAUUCGAUCACCCCUAUUUGCUGAACACAGUGCUGAGAGAAAUAUUUGAUGUGAUUAAUCGAGUCUCUGUCACCCUGGAUGUGGAAACGGCGAAUCCGUGUCUCGAGGUGUCUGAGGAGCGGAAGAGUGUGAGACGGACCAGGAAUCGGAGGAAUCUCCCUGACACCGGGAAGAGAUUCACAAACUGGCCUUGUGUGCUGGGAUCGGAGGGAUUCACAUCGGGGAGGCAUUACUGGGAGGUGGAGGUGACGGGAAAUCGGGACUGGUGUCUGGGAGUCGCCGCAGAGUCUGUGGAGAGGAAGGGAUGGUUCAGACUGAGACCGGAGACCGGAUUCUGGGUCAUCAGGCGGGUUGGUGACGUGUUACAUCGGGAUUGUGACGUGUUCAGUGUUCUCGCCUCCCCUGUGUCCCGUCUCGCUGCCGGUCCCAUCCCCGGGAGGGUGGGAGUUUAUCUCAAUUACCAGUCCGGGACAGUUUCAUUUUACAACGCGGAGACCAAGUCGCAUCUCCACACCUUCACGAGGAAUAAAUUCACGGAGAAACUGUAUCCUCUCUUCUGGCCUGGGGAUGGAACCCAGUGGCUGAGAAUCUGCUCCGGUUCCGCUCCGGGUCUGUAAACGGGUCGGGUCCCGGGACCGACGUCAGGAGUAAACUCCCUGUAAAUAUAAAUGUGCGGAGAGUGAAAUAAACACGAGAUGAGAAUUAUCAAUGCGUUAAUUUCAACUCGUUCACCGUAUCCGACAACGGAACAGAAACACCGCGGAUUCAGCAGCAGCCUCGGGCCGGCGGGUCCUGAGCUCCCCCGGGUCCUAAAGUCCACUCGCACUGAGACAGGUUAAACGGGACAAGUGGGGGCCGUGCUGACUGGAAAAGAGGGGGCCGUGCUGACUGGAAAAGACAGUGAAGAUUGAUGCAAUGUGUUCAUUAAGUUCAUCUGCCAUUUCUUUGUCCCCCAUCACCACCUCACCAGCAUCAUUUUCCAGUGGUCCAAUAUCAACUCUCAUUUUCCUUUCACUCUUCAUGUAACUGAAAACUAACUUUUAGUAUCCUGAUUUUUAUUAUUGGCUGGGUUGCCUCAUAUUUCAUCUUAAACAUUCUUAUGGCUUUUUUUUGUUGCAUUUCGUUGGAUUUAAGAGCAUCCCAAUAAUUCAACAUCCCACUCACCUUUGCUCGCUUACAUGUCAUUUCCUUAGGUAACACACAGUCCUUAACUUCCCUUGUCAGCCAUGGAUUCCCACCGCUGCCAUCUGAGAAAUUCUUCUGUGGGACAUGUCUCUCCUGCGCCUUGUAAACUAUUCCCAAAUGCGUCAGCCACCUCUGUUCAGCGAUCAUCCCCACAGUAUCCUCCUCCAAUUCACCUGGGCAAGCUCCUCUCUCAUGCCU